UCCUACGCAGAAGGGAGGAACCUGCCCAGAACCUUGCAUGAACAUUCCCCGCAACCACCUGUAAAUUGCUAAUUCAUUACCCAACAAACCCCAUUGACGACGGAGAUCAUGCUUCCACAAAUCUUGGAGUCAACCCACGAGUCUCUGCCGAUCGAUUUGUUCCUCCUAUAUAUUUAUAGUGUGCCAAACACCAAUUCAUACAUUGCCUUCCCAGUCCCCUGUUUCGUGCCGCAAUAAAUUUCCUUGUGUUUGGCACUUUCAAGGUUUUUGCGUUCAGAGUGUGUAAAUGGAUAAGGUUGCAUUUGAGAUUGUGAUAAUCUCUGCUCAUGAUCUCAAACGCGUAACAAACUUCGGAAGGGCUAUGCGUACAUAUGCAAAUGUAUGGAGCGACUCCACUACUCGAAACUCCACGCGAGUAGAUCGCCACGGUGGCAACCAUCCCACGUGGAACGAAAAGUUCCAUACGCACGUCACCAGGCGCUUCCUCCAGCAAAAGGGCUCUACUCUGCUCAUACAGAUUUACAGUAAAACCCUGCUGGGCAAGAAGAGAGUGGGAAGCGUCCGUGUGCCCUACGCCGACAUUCUUGAGGGAUUCAGUAAGCCCGAUUCCAUUCAGUUUCUGAGCUAUCGAAUUAGGAGUCGAAAUGGCAGGCCUCGAGGUACUCUUGAUUUGUCCCUCAGAUUUCUGGACAAAAUUGAUCCGUCUCUACGCCCUUCAAGACCUCAAUCUGAGAUCAAGUUUCCGUCUUUUCCUUCAAGGUCGAGAAUCAAUGGAAGCUCAAAUGGUGACUCCAAUUGGCCGCAGCGACAGAGAGCCGCCAAUAACAGAGCAAGGAAUGGCUAUGCAAUUGGCAUUCCCGCCUCGCAAUUUUCAUAUGGCAGUGCCACUCUCGUUUCCAAUCCAUACCCCUACUAAUUUUCAAUGUAUACGGAGUCGCAUACUAAUUCCAGUGCAAUCCGUUACCAUAGCCGUGCGUCUCAUUCAAUUUGUGAGAAAAAGCUGCAGACGGCGCCUAGGAAUUUAAUCGCCUCUGUUCCAUUACAUGGUCUUGGUAGAUCGUGGGUAGCGGCACAACCCGAUUUGGUCUGUUUUGGUAGGUGUAUUGAUUAAGUUGAAGAGUUUCCGGAAAAGAAAUAGCUUUAAGUUAAAGUGGUAUAGAGUGUAUGUACAUUCCUCUGCUCUGCUCUGCUCUGCUCUUCAGCACUUCAAAAUACCAUCGCCGUAUAGAAAUGUGCAAUGGGCUCAUUUCCAAAAGUAUCCCUGCAAACUUAUAAUCUAAAUUGUGAUCUUCUGGUAUUUGAAUUCUA